AUGCCGGCGGCGGCGGGGGACGGGCUCCUGGGAGAGCCGGCGGCGCCCGGGGGCGGCGGCGGCGGCGGCGGCGGCGCGGAGGACGCGGCCCGGCCGGCGGCGGCCUGCGAGGGAAGUUUCCUGCCGGCCUGGGUGAGCGGUGUGCCCCGCGAGCGGCUCCGCGACUUCCAGCACCACAAGCGCGUGGGCAACUACCUCAUCGGCAGCAGGAAGCUGGGCGAGGGCUCCUUCGCCAAGGUGCGCGAGGGGCUGCACGUGCUGACCGGAGAGAAGGUGGCCAUAAAGGUCAUCGACAAGAAGAGAGCCAAAAAGGACACCUACGUCACCAAGAACCUGCGGCGCGAGGGCCAGAUCCAGCAGAUGAUCCGCCACCCCAACAUCACGCAGCUGCUGGAUAUCUUAGAGACGGAGAACAGCUACUACCUGGUCAUGGAGCUGUGUCCCGGCGGCAACCUGAUGCAUAAGAUUUACGAGAAGAAGCGGCUGGAGGAGUCCGAGGCUCGCAGAUACAUCCGGCAGCUCAUCUCUGCCGUGGAGCACCUGCACCGGGCUGGGGUGGUGCACAGAGACUUGAAGAUAGAAAAUUUGCUGCUAGAUGAAGACAAUAACAUCAAGCUGAUUGACUUUGGUUUGAGCAACUGUGCAGGGAUCCUGGGUUACUCCGACCCGUUCAGCACGCAGUGUGGCAGCCCUGCCUACGCCGCACCCGAGCUCCUCGCCAGGAAGAAGUAUGGCCCCAAAAUCGACGUCUGGUCCAUAGGUGUGAACAUGUACGCCAUGUUGACUGGGACCCUGCCCUUCACCGUGGAGCCUUUCAGCCUGAGAGCUUUGUACCAGAAGAUGGUGGACAAAGAGAUGAACCCCCUCCCCACCCAGCUCUCCACAGGAGCCAUCAACUUCCUGCGCUCUCUCCUGGAACCAGACCCUGUGAAGAGGCCCAAUAUCCAGCAAGCACUGGCGAAUCGGUGGCUCAAUGAGAAUUACACAGGCAAAGUGCCCUGCAAUGUCACCUACCCCAACAGGAUUUCUCUGGAGGACCUGAGCCCCAGCGUGGUGCUGCACAUGACGGAGAAGCUGGGCUACAAGAACAGCGACGUGGUCAACACGGUGCUCUCCAACCGCGCCUGCCACAUCCUGGCCGUCUACUUCCUCCUCAACAAGAAGCUGGAGCGCUACCUGUCGGGGAAAUCUGACAUCCAGGACAGCAUGUGCUACAAGACCCAGCUCUACCAGAUAGAAAAGUGCGGGGCCACCAAGGAGCCCUAUGAGGCCUCCCUGGACACCUGGACAAGAGACCUUGAGUUCCACACUGUGCAGGAUAAAAAGCCCAAAGAACAAGAAAAACGAGGGGACUUUCUUCACCGGCCGUUUUCCAAGAAGUUGGACAAGAACCUGCCGGCACACAAGCCACCGCCAGCCUCACUCAUGGCGCAGGUGCACGGCAGCAAGGGGCUGCCCAGGGACCGGAAGGCCUCCAGGUCUGGCUUCCCUGACAAAGAUUCCUUUGGCUGCCGCAACAUCUUCCGCAAGACGUCCGAUUCCAACUGCGUGACUUCUUCUUCCAUGGAGUUCAUCCCGGUGCUGCCUCCCAGGACCCCCAGGAUCGUAAAGAAACUGGAGCCGCAGCAGCAGGGGUCCAGCAGCGCCGGCGUUCCCCCUAAGGAGGACCCCCUGAUGCUGGACAUGGUGCGCUCCUUCGAGUCCGUGGACCGCGACGACCCCGCGGAACUGCUGUCCCCGGCCCAUCACCACAGGGUCCUGCACUCACCCGUGAGCCUGGGCCGCAGGAAUUCCAGCGAGCGGACGCUGUCCCCGGGGCCGCCUCCCGGCAGCGCCUCACCCCUGCACACCUCUUUGCACCCCACACUGGUCUCCUUUGCCCACGAAGAUAAGAGCAGCCCCCCCAAGGAGGAAGGCAUGUGUGCCCCACCUCCUGGUCCCAGCAGCGGCCCCCCGCAGCCACUAGGGAGCCCCAACUGUGUCAAGAGCCGGGGCAGGUUCCCCAUGAUGGGCAUCGGGCAGAUGCUACGGAAGCGCCACCAGAGCCUGCAGCCCUCAGCCGAGAGGGCCCUGGAGGCCAGCCUGCCCCCACUGCAGCCCCCAGCCCCCGGGAGCCUGCCCUUUGACCUGGCCGACGGCAUCAAGGGCCAGUGUUAGCUCAGGCCUGCAGGGUCUGGGGCUCCCCAGGGAGAGCUGUGGGUGCAGGGGCAUGCACAGGCAGGGACCCUACAGGUGCAUCCUUGUCCACACCAGCCUGGAGACCUCCCAAAGGCACAGACCCCAAGCCUGCAGUACCCAGCCUCGCUUGGGGACCCCUGGAGAUGCUGGACAUGGCUAAGAAGGCUGGCCACAAGGACAGCCAGGUUCAAUCAUCCCAUCUUCUUCCUGGGCCCCUCACCAAGCGCCCACCCACCUCCCCUGCGAGGACAGCCUGUCACCCCAGCCUCCCGUCUGUGUGCCUCACUUAUGCAGGGACCAACAGUGUCACAGUUUCUCCAGACCGCAGCCCCUCUAUGGGGGGUGAGCAGAUGGUCCUUCUGUAGCCACAAAACCCCCAUGGGCCUUGGACCCAGAGGAAGACGUGGGGAGAAGCCUUGGUCAAAGAUGGAACUGUUAUGAACCCCAGCGAAAGAAAAAAAACUGAAGCUCUCAUUGCCCAAGCCAGGUCUUGGAAGGUUCAUUUCUACACUUUGGCUGAAUCUUGCUAACGGUCGAAUGAUCUGCCCCCGAAGAGAUUUUCCUCUGUGUGAUGUCGUUCAGUGGAAAUGGCGUCAUUUUUAGAAAACCAGGCUGGAGUGAUGAAAGCCAUUCCGCCAAGCGCUCGUUUCGUAGCAGGAUCAUUGGGCAGAGGCUGGGGUGAGGGUGUGGUGGCGACCGGACAGUGGCCCUGGAGGGGCCCAGGACCCCACGUUCAUCCCUCUGUGUCUGCAUAGGCCCUGGUUCCAAUUGGUUCUUUAGGAAGAGAGACGGGAUGGCUGUGGCAGCAUUCUGUGCCGUUCCAUCCUCCAGCGGCCCAGAGGAAGGUGCGGUGUGGGGUUCGGCUUGGCUGCCGAGAGCUGCCUGGUAGGGAGUGCGUUCGUGUGCCGGACGGCUUCUUCCAUGGGGAAAGCAGCGUUCCUCCAACAGGGUCUCCAUCUGUGCUGGCAUCUUCACACCUUUGCCAAGGAUCGAACCAAAGAUGUGUCUCUGGUGUUGUGUCUGUGCCGUCCCUGAGUGUGCGUUGUGUGGACCCCGGUGUUGUCUGACUGUGUCCAGCUGGAGCCCGGCAGGGGCUGCAUCCACGCGGGACCCAGGGCGGGGAGCAGAACUGCAAGGAGAAGGAUGGCCACAAGUGCAUAGGGUUAGUGCAGGAGAGGGGUAACAGGUGGCCCAGAGUCGUCACCUCGAGGGGAUGGUACCAGACACCCCCAGCACUGUGGCUACCCCAGGGCGGCUUCUCCGUCCCUGCCCUUGCCGACUGCCAAGCCAGCCAUCGUUUCCUGGAGGCCAGAGUGUGUGCAGGUGGAUCUUCACUUUCUCAUUGGCCGGUGACAUCCCGUUGACCCGGCACAGCCCCAGCUAAGCCAGCAGACAACACAGCUCUCCGUCGGCUGGAGUCCAGGGACAGGGUGGGGCGGACACUGCUCCAACUCCAAGGCAAGACUCCUGAAUGCCGGUGUUACUCUUUUGUAUGGACCAGGGUGCAGCAUCUCACAUGGAAGAGAGCUUUUUCAGCAGACAGAAGACAGGAAUCCUCUGUGAGACCCGCUGUCCGGGGCUCGUGGGAUGCUUUGACUGCGGGCUGGUGGGGAGACCUCCUUUGUGGGGGAUGGUUUCCGGCCGCAGCUGUUGGCGCUCUGCAAGUUCGUGGGGUGUGUGCCUGUGUGUUGUGGACUUUCUGGCAUCCCUUCUGCCUGGUUUUUUUUUUUUUUUUUUUUUUCCUUGUAUUUUACUUUCCUCCAGGAACCUGAACGUGUCCAUGAUUCCCGUCCUCGCGUGCCUCAGGGGCAGCUGCGGUGCCCUGGCCCUCGCUGGCUCCACUGUCGCCAUUGGUACCUUGACCUUUGAACUCAGGUUAAUUCCAGACCCAGUGAUCGCUGUGGGGGAGUGAGAAAGGGGAGAAAACUGCGAGAAUUGUGUGAGUGUGUGUGAGCACCUGACAAGUCUAUGAAACCAAGUCCAGGAAGAAGUGAUAAAUUCUUUAUUAUUUUAUUAUAUUUAUAUGGGAGACUUUGUGUGUCCCCUGGGUAAGCGCCAGGCAUGUUGUCUGUCUGACCCGUGCGUGUCUCCCAUCAGCCUGUGAGCUCCGGCAGCUGCUGAUGGAAAUGACUGAGCUAUCAUGAGAAACCUGGAAGGAAAAGUCCAUUUGAAUUGUAUGAUUCGGUCGCAAAUAAGGACUGUACUUAUGUCACCAUUAU